AUGACGGCGGCGGGAGUAGCCUCGGUUCAGACGAAGAAGCUCCUCAAGUUCAGCCUUUCUCUCUUCCGCCGCGGCUUUAACUCCUCCAAAUGCAAAACAGCGGCGAAGAUGGCUGUAGCUAGAAUAAAGCUUCUGAGGAACAAGAGACAAGUUGUGGUUAAGCAAAUGAGACGUGACAUUGCCCUUCUUCUUCAGUCUGGUCAAGAUGCCACCGCUCGAAUCAGAGUUGAGCAUGUGAUUAGGGAGCAGAACAUCAUGGCGGCUAACGAAAUCAUUGAGCUUUUUUGUGAACUCAUCGUUUCUCGACUUACUAUUAUCACAAAGCAAAAGGGAUGUCCUGUGGAUCUUAAGGAAGGGAUUGCUAGUUUGAUAUUCGCUGCGCCUAGAUGCGCUGAGAUACCUGAGCUUGGAGAUCUGAAAGACAUCUUUGAGAAGAAAUAUGGUAGAGAUUUUGUGACUGCUGCUACUGAGUUGCGUCCUACCUGUGGCGUUAACCGGAUGUUGAUUGAUAAGCUUUCGGUUAGGCAUCCUGGUGGAGAAUUCAAACUGAAAAUCAUGAAGGAGAUUGCAAAGGAGUUCCAGGUUGAUUGGGACACUAAAGAGACUGAGCAAGAACUUCUCAAACCUCAAGAAGAAACCAUUGAUGGGCCACGUGCCUUUGUUAGCGCAUCAAGCUUACCUGUAAACCGAGCUUCUGACGAGCCCAUUGAUCCUACCAAAGCAGUGCCAAGAUCGACUAGUAGCAUGAGCAUGAACACGCAUUAUCAUGACCCGGAGUCAGCAGCUGAAGCAGCAGCUGAAUUAGCUAAGCAGGCGGUUGCAGCAGCUCAAGUAGCAGCCUUGUUAGCUAACAGAAGAGACAGCAACAAGGAGUUCUCUGUAUCCUCCUCCUCGUCUUUGGAUCAUCCAACAAGAAGACAAUCUGAAACAAGCUCCUACUACUCUAAACCUUCGGUAGAAAACAGAAGACACAGCUGCAACAAUCCAGGUAUAAAUGAAGAAGACUAUGCCAAAACCGAAGCAAAGGAAACAAUGAGGAGGAGACACACACUUCCUCCUCCAGCGACUUCUGAGGUCAAGUUUGAUGAGUCUGACUACUACGAGGAUGACACUGAGCCAGAAGAAGGACCCUUACGGAGUCGUGCUUAUUCCCUCCCGCCAAACCGAGCACCACCUCAGGCUCCUCAGUCCUCUGAGUCGAGAAGAGACUCAAGUGGUCACCAAGUUCACCCAAAACUGCCUGAUUAUGAUGAGUUGGCUGCGCGUUUUGAUGCUAUCAGACAGAGUAAAGGGCCAUUGUUCUGA